CCCUCAACUUCAUCAAACCAACUUCCAGUUCCUCUAACUUAAAGCUCGACCCCCAUCAUUUAUUUCCGAAUUUAAACUUCGUUCUCCGGCCACCGUAAAACCACCAUGCUUCCUUCACCCACCUCAAUCGUAUCACUGCCUACCAAUACUCACCCUCCACCGCCACAACCUCUUUUUUCACUUAUACCGUUGCUUUUCUUGUUGAUACUUGUAUAUAAGGUCAUACGGAGGAGCCACCACCGGACCCAACCGGAGAAACUCCGGCUGCCACCAGGUUCAAUGGGUUGGCCUUAUAUAGGUGAAACUCUCAAGCUCUUCACUGAAAACCCGAAUUCCUUCUUCUUCAACCGUGAAAAAAGGUAUGGGAAAAUCUUCAAGACGCACAUAUUGGGAUGCCCUUGUGUGAUGAUAUCGAGUCCUAAAGUAGCAAAGAUCGUGUUGGUGACUCAGUCCCAUAUGUUCAAACCCACUUACCCUCCAAGCAAAGAGAAGAUGAUAGGCCCAGAAGCCAUCUUCUUUCACCAAGGUCCAUACCAUUCGCAUCUCAAGAAGUUGAUCCAGUCGUCGUUUCUUCCAUCUACUAUCAAAGGCUCUGUUUCCCAGAUCGAAGAUAUCGUCCUUGGGUUUCUACCCACUUGGGAACAUAAUAACACCAUCAACACCUUGCAUGAGAUGAAAAAGUAUGCUUUUGAAGUGGCAAUGAUAUCAGUUUUUGGGAACAAAUCUGAGGCAGAGAUGGAAGGAAUAAAGCCUUUGUAUCAAUGUCUAGAGAAAGGAUACAACUCCAUGCCUUUGAAUCUCCCUGGAACCCCAUUCAACAAAGCAAUGAAGGCAAGAAAGGCUCUGAAUGAGAAAUUAAAGAGGAUGAUAGAGAAAAGAAAGGGGAGUGGGGAGAAGGGAGAAGGACUGUUAGGGGCAUUAUUGUCAAAUGAAGAAGAUGAAGGGAAGAAGAAGAUGACGAUGAAGUUGAGUGAAUCAGAGAUCGCAGAUAACAUAAUAGGGGUGAUAUUUGCAGCCCAUGAUACAACUGCAAGUGUUCUAACAUGGCUCCUCAAAUAUUUGCAUGAUAAUCCUCAUGUUCUCCACGCUGUCAGGAGGGAACAAGAAGAAAUCCGGUGCAAAAUACUUGAAGCCAAUCGUAGAAUUACGUGGGAUGAUACAAGACGCAUGCCUUUCACUACUCGGGUUAUACAAGAGACCCUGAGAACAGCCAGUAUACUGUCGUUUACAUACAGAGAAGCAGUGGAAGACGUAGAGAUGGAAGGCUACUUGAUACCAAAGGGUUGGAAAGUCCUGCCACUCUUCAGAAGCAUCCAUUACUCCUCCGAGUUCUUCCCUCAACCUCACAAAUUCGACCCUUCAAGAUUCGAGGUUGCACCUCAGCCAAACACGUAUAUGCCGUUCGGGAAUGGCGCCCACUCCUGUCCCGGAAGCGAUCUCGCUAAGCUCGAGAUGCUCAUCCUCCUCCACCAUCUCACCACCACUCUCAGAUGGGAAGUGAUAGGAGAAGAUGGAAUACAAUACGGCCCAUUCCCUGUACCCCGAGACGGCUUACCCAUUAAAGUCCAUGCCAUCAACAACAUCUAGCUAGCUGAUUAAUUAACAAUGUCGAUGAUGAUGAUGAUAGUGUUCUUUUCAAGGGUCAGGAAGUUGCACCCUGUUACGUUACACUUGUUAAUUUAUAAUUUAUUAAAAGUACUACAGAGAGAGAGAGAGAGAGAGAGAGAGAGAGAGAGAGAGAGAGAGAGAGAGAGAGAGAGAGAGAGAGAGAGAGAGAGAGAGAGAGAGAGAGAGAUAA